AUGCUGGACUACGAAGACAACAGUCCACUCCACAGCGCCUGCGAGCACGAGGCAGCGGACGCCAUAAGCUUCCUGAUCGACAACGGCGCCGACACUAGUCUCCUGAACAAGAACACCCAAAGUCCGCUCCACGUGAGCACUCAGCUCAACAAGGUCAAGUCCUUGCAGGCCCUGGUCAAGCACAAGGACAAGGUGGAUACCAACCUGAGAAGCAAGCAUGGCAGGACUGCGUUGCACCUGGCGGCGAUUUACGACCACGCCGAAUGCGCACGGAUUCUGUUGAGCCAGUUCGGGGCCUCGCCCAAGAUCACCUGCGACAACGGCUUCUACCCGAUCCACGAAGCGGCCAAGAAUGCGUCGGCUAACGCCAUCGAGGCCCUGCUCGAAUGGGGUGAAUCCAGCGGAUAUUCGAGGGCCGAGAUGAUGAAGCUCUUUGAUGCCGACGGCAACGUGCCCCUUCACUCAGCGGUCCACGCCGGUGACAUCAAGGCUGUGAAGCUGUGCCUGGAGAGCGGCGCCCUGAUCAGCACCCAGCAGCAUGACCUGUCGACCCCGGUCCACCUGGCGUGCGCUCAGGGUGCCAUCGACAUCGUCAAGCUGAUGUUCUCCUCCCAGCCGGACCAGAAGUUGCACUGCCUCACCUGCAGCGACGCCCAGCAGAUGACGCCACUGCACUGCGCCGCCAUGUUCGACCACGUCGAGCUCGUCGAGUACCUCGUGUCCGAGGGAGCAAGCAUGACGGCCACAGACAAGGAAGGCCGAUCCGUGAUCCUUCUGGCCGCCGCCCGCGGUGCCUGGAAGACGGUCACGACGCUCCUCACCCUCGGCGCAGACCUGACGGUGAAGGACAACCUGCGCCGGAACCUGCUGCACCACAUCGUCCUGAGCGGCGGAUGCCUGGAUGACUUCUACAACGAAAUCAACGAGCGGCUCCAAGACUUUGCCCUGCUGCUCAACGAGCGAGACAUGCAGGGCUGCACGGCAAUGCACUACGCCUCCCGUAACGGCCAGCUCAAGACGAUAGAAGGCCUCCUCCAGUUCGGGGCCAUCGUCAACCUCAAGAACAACGAAAACCAGUCGCCGCUACACUUCGCUGCGAGGUACGGGCGUUACAACACGGUGCGUCACCUGUUGGAAAGCAAGAAGGGUCACCUAAUCAUCAACGAAAUGGACGGCGAGGGCAAGACGCCCCUGCACAUAGCCUCGCAGAAUGGCCACACGCGCGUCGUACAUCUACUUCUUGUGAAGGGAGCACUUCUGCACAGGGACCACAGGGGAAGGACCCCACUUCACUACGCAGUCACCAACGGGUUCACGCACACCAUGGAACAGUUGCUAGCGGUCCAUUCCCAUCUCUUAGACCAGAGUGACAGGGACGGGAACACAGCUCUGCACCUAGCUGCGAUGCACAAUAAGUCGAACACGGCCUCGCUCCUGCUGAACCUCAACUGCAAGAUUGCCCACAACGAGCAGGACUUCACCCCGAUAGACUAUGCGCUCCACUACAAGCACAGCGAGGUGGCCAUGGCGAUGGUGACUCACCCCACCAGGAGCGAGGAGGUAAUGAGUUGCCGGACCAAGCGAUACACCUGCCUCGUGGAGGGACUCACGGCCGUGAUGCCCGAAGUCAUGAUGGCCGUGCUGGAUAGGGGCAUCACCAAGUCGAAGUAUAGCCACGACUCCACGUCUUAUUACGUCAAGCACAGUUUUCAAGCUUUACAAAACACGGAGGGCGUAGGCGACAUUGUACCUGAAACAGACCAGCCGUUGCCUGUCAUGAAUAUCAUGGUGCGGUACGGGCGAGAGGAGCUCUUGUCUCACCCCCUCUGCGUCAAGUACCUCGAAACAAAAUGGAAUUCCUACGGAAUGUACUUCCACAUGUUGAACCUGGCGGUGUACACGGUGUUUCUGGCGUUCCUCACCACCAACGCGGUGCAACUGAUGAGCGACAAGUCAGAACGGGGCAAUGCUUCCAAGGUGACCUCGGAGCAGAUCGUCACUGCUUUCGUCAAGCCCUCUAAUGCCACCAUAAUAUCUCUCACCUCGGUGAUUGUCCUGGCAUUUGUGGGCUUCAAUAUCGUCAAGGAGUUCUACCAGAUGUAUCAGCAGAAGGCCAAGUACUUCCUGGACAUCAUGAACCUGCUCGAGUGGACCCUGUACAUCUCGAGCGGCCUCAUGGCCGCGGGUCACCUGUCGACCACCGUCGUGGACCGAAGCAAUCAGUACAUCAUGGCAGCGCUGGCCGUCUUCCUUGCCUGGUUCAACUACCUGCUCUACCUGCAGAGGUUUAAUCGGAUAGGCCUGUACGUUGUCAUGUUCCUGGAAAUUUUGUCGACGCUGCUAAAGGUCAUGUUUGUGUUCUCCGUGCUAAUAAUUGCCUUUGGCCUGAGCUUCCAUAUUCUCCUGGCAAAGAUAGAUAUCAACGUGAAGACUGCAGUUGUCGACCCUUACACCGGAAACGUCACCAUGCGAUCUAUGAACAUGAGCGACAAGGGUUUUCACAACCCGGUGAUCUCGCUGGUGCGCGUGGGCACCAUGAUGCUGGGGGAGCUGGACUUCUUGGGCACCUACCUUCGGCCCAUGCGGGUCCUCGACUCCUCGGCCUGGUACCAGAUCGUGGCCGCCACCUGGUUCCUCGUUGUCUUCAUCGUCCUCAUGCCCAUCCUGCUCAUGAACCUGCUCAUUGGCCUGGCGGUUGGGGACAUCGAAACAGUGCGCCGCAAUGCUCAGCUCAAGAGACUUACAAUGCAGGUGGAACUUCACACCGACCUCGAGCGAAAGCUGCCUCGACGAAUCUUAACGAUAGUCGACAAGACAGAAGUUUAUGUCUACCCCAACCAGAAGGGCUCCUCGUCUUACGUGUGGCAAACACUCCAGCGUUGGUUUGCCAGCCCAAAGGAGAAUGGAAAGCGUGGCAGGGCGUUCAUCGGCAGCAGUGCCCUUCAGGACAGUGCCAUGCAGGACCUGUGCGACGAGCUUACCCGGCAGAAGAGAAGGAUGAAGGACAUUUCCCGUGCGAUGGAGCAGCAGCUCUCCCUGCUGCGUCUGAUCGUCACGAAGAUGGACAUUCGGGCAGAAACGGACGACCGGGACGAGGGAUACUUCGAGAGUGUCCAGGACAGGCCGCUGAGUGCCACGGGCCCCGGGACGCUCUGAUCCGCUCGCGUGCAGUCAAUGUUUCGCACCGACCCACGGGCCCCCGAGACGCCAUGAUUGGCUCUCGUGCGGCCGGUAACGUUCUCGACUUACCCACAUACCCUAGGUCGCUCAUCACGUUUUCAUCACUUUUUCAUCAAAGUACACAUCCCAUCAAGCGCCCCCGGCCAUAGGUGCCGACAUGUGGGGGGCUUUUCGGAGUCGUGAAGUUAUUUUCGUAGCUCUAUCGUUGGUGACGGGUUAAGAGUUUGGUGGAAGCUCUUCCCACCUCUUUCCACUUAAGCAGAGCGAACGCUG